AAACGGUAAGCACGACGUGUGUAUGGUUCGCAUGCCGCCCAUCUGCGCUGCUGCGCUGCCGCCCGCAGUAAAUUUUGAAGCAUUUGAAGGUCGCGCUCACACACCGCUCACUCAUCUCACCCACAAACACACAUACACAUUCACAAUCGCGACGUACGUCUGCCAUCGGUCUGACGUUCCUGCCGUGCAGCCUGCUGCGUGUUUCACAUUACCAGUAUCACGACACACACCAGAACCACACUUUGCUUCUGCGGCACAGUGAGCUAACCGCGUUUUGGCUUUGCACAGCACCGCGCACUAGUGUGAACCAGUGUGUCUUGAAAACAUUGUGCUGAAUUAUCGCGACGACAAGCGGAUACAUCUGGCUCAAUAUGUGCGAUUAGAAGCUUUGCCCGUGAAAGGCAGCAGCAUAACAGGAAUCGACAGGGAUAUACUCAUAUCGUAGAUAUUGUUGUUGUGCGACGAUCCGGAUUUUUGGCUGCACAAACAACGCGACGUGCGCAAAAAAACAUAAAUAAAUCCUGUUCAAGUAAACGAAACGGAAAAUAAUCCAGAACGCAGUUGUGGACCAGGAACAGUUAAGCCACCUAGCCUUUUAAACCAAGUGGGUGAAAUAGUAUUUCUCUGUCAUUUCUGCUUAAAUAAAAGUGUCAGCGAUGCCAGUGAUACGACCCGACCGGCUGCCGUUGCCGAAUCUGAAGACCUACACGUUCUUCAGUGUGUUAGCAUUAACUACAUGCGUUUACAUUGCUAGUGAUAUGGUAAACGAUAAAGAUUGGUCACUCACAGCCAGUGAUAAACAGCAGGAGUCAGUGAUGGUAACCUCAGAGACAGUUGAAAAUGCUACAAAUACCACUUCGGAAGAUCGUAGCAUGAAGAAGUGGUUCUCAGAUGUUUCAGCUGUUAUGAUCAGGGAACCUUUUUGUGUUUGGGUCCUCAUCAACAUGGCAGUCUGCUGUCUAAUUCUGCUUGGCAGGUGUAUCCAAAAGAUGGUCUUUGGGGAGCUGCGCGUCUCUGAGCAGCAACAUCUGAAAGAUAAAUUUUGGAACUUUAUCUUCUACAAAUUUAUCUUUAUAUUUGGUGUCAUCAACGUGCAAUAUCUGGAAGAGGUGUUAUUGUGGUGCUCGUGGUUUGCACUUUUGGGAUUUUUGCAGUUAAUUGCUCAACUUACAAAGGAUCGCUUUGAAUAUUUGUCAUUUUCACCAACGACGCCGAUUUGGAGUCAUGUGAAACUAAUAGGAUUGCUAUCGUGCAUUUUCGCGAUUUCCAGCUUUAUGCUGAUGAUAUCCGUAUUUGUUGGCUUUUUUGUCGGCUUCAACACGCUGGCGUUUAUGUCGCCCGAGGUGUUGCUACUGAGUAUUCGCACCCUGCACGUUAUCUUACGGUACGGUUUUCACUUGUAUGACCUUCGUCAUGAUGCGGCGCCUACCAAUCUUGCUGAAUCUGGUAAAAUCUGGGAGAAACGCGGCCCGGUUGUUUAUUACGUCGAGCUUGGUUUUGAACUUACCGCGUUAACCAUCGACUUAUUGCAUCACUUGCAUAUGUUGUUAUGGAGCAACAUCUUUCUCUCGAUGGCCAGUUUGGUUAUUUGUAUGCAGUUGCGGUACCUCUUUCAGGAGAUUCAGCGACGUAUCAAGAAGCAUCGGAAUUAUUUAUGGGUUCGCAAUCAUUUGGAACAAAAUUAUCCAAUGGCUCUGCCAGAGCGUAUAAACUAUUACCAACCUACAUGGACAUAG